CCACGAUGAUUCUCCUCAGUUUCGCCGGUAGCACGUGUAUGCACGGAACAAGGGCGGACAGUGGCCUUCCGAUUACGUAACUCGCCCUCGGCUCGGCUCGGGAGGGUGCCGGGGGCCACAUGUUCCGAGUGGGGUGUCUGGGCAUUGGAUGUCUGACGUCUACGUCCGGUGGGGUCAUAAAACUGCCCCUUCGAGCACGGGCGCCAUCUGGCGCGCUCAGUUGAGGGAGUGACUCGCCUGCGACUGGGGUGGACUGGCAGUCAGCCAAGGUCAACUCGUGUGGAGUGUGUGGUGCGGACAGUGGUGCGGAGCCAGUCAAGUGCCGUGGAGGUCAACGCUGGAAUUAUAGAACUACACUGUGUGACGGCUGACGAGCGCACUGCAGUAUCAUGGCUUCGAACGAGAAAGGAGACGGGGCGCAGAGCCCUCUGGUGAUGCCGCUCAAGACUACUGACCCGGAGCUGCACGCCAUCAUUCUGAAGGAGAAGAAUCGUCAGCGCCGUGGCCUGGAAAUGAUCGCCUCUGAAAACUUUACCACCACGGCGGUGCUGGAGUCACUGGCCAGCUGCCUGCACAACAAGUACUCCGAGGGUCUGCCCGGCGCCCGCUACUACGGCGGCAACGAGCACAUCGACGAGGUGGAGCGUCUGUGCCAGCGUCGCGCCCUGGAUGCGUACGGUAUCACCCCGGACCGCUGGGGCGUCAACGUCCAGCCCUACUCGGGCUCCCCGGCUAACUUCGCCGUGUACACGGCAGUCGUGGAGCCCCACGGUCGUAUCAUGGGCCUGGACCUGCCCGAUGGAGGCCACCUCUCGCACGGCUUCUUCACGCAAAAUAAAAAGGUGUCCGCCACGUCCAUCUUCUUCGAGUCGAUGCCAUACAAGCUGAACCCGGAGACGGGAGAGAUUGACUACGACCGGCUCCUUGAGAACGCCCGUCUGUUCAAGCCGCGGCUCAUCAUAGCUGGCAUCUCGUGCUACCCCCGGCACCUGGACUACGCCCGGUUCCGGCGUAUCGCCGAUGAGGUGGGCGCUCUGCUCCUCGCCGAUAUGGCUCACGUGUCCGGACUGGUGGCCGCAGAACAGGCGCCAUCGCCGUUCGAACACUGUGAUAUCGUCACCACCACCACGCACAAGACGCUGCGCGGACCGCGAGCCGGGCUGAUCUUCUUCAGGAAGGGUGUUCGCUCGGUGGAUAAGGCCGGCAAAGAGAUCAUGUACGACCUCGAGGACAAGAUCAACCAGGCGGUGUUCCCGGGCCUACAGGGCGGUCCGCACAACCACGCCAUCGCCGGCGUGGCCUGCGCCCUGCUGCAGGCCCAGACACCCUACUUCAAGGAGUACCAGAAACAGGUGGUGGCCAACGCGCGCCGUCUGGCCGCCGGUCUGACAGAGCGCGGCUACCGUCUGGUGACGGGUGGUACUGACAACCACAUGGUGUGGGUGGACCUGCGCGGCACCGGACUGACCGGAGCCAAAGGAGAGCUGCUGCUGGAGACGGCGGCCAUCGCCUGCAACAAAAACACCGUUCCGGGCGAUAAGUCGGCGCUGAAUCCGAGUGGACUGCGUCUGGGCACCCCGGCGCUCACCACUCGCGGUCUGACCGAACAGCACAUCGAUACGGUGGUGGACUUCAUCGACCGAGCCUUGCAGCUGGCCAAACGGGUGGUGACCGUCUCGGGUGUGAAGAUGGUCGACUUCCGUCGCGUGUUGGCCGAGGACGAGCAGUUCUCUGCGCCGGCAGCCGAGCUGCGUCAGCAGGUCGAGCAGUUUGCCGACCAGUUCCCGCUGCCGGGCCUCGGAGAGAUCUGAGAGCCGCGCUUAGAUGCCAGUCUCCCGACCCCCGAGGGUAGCUUCUAACCAAGCCCCGGGGGAUACUAGGGUCUCAGAUACCUGCGGCAAAGUCGACUGCCGAGCGGAUAUCAGGUGAUCUGACACGGGUAGUGUCGCUGCCGUCACAGUUUUGGGAAAAACGGCUGUUAGGGGUUAAAACGGGGCUCGUUACAUGACGUGCGUUGCGUUGUUCUGGCGCCUUUUUGAUGUUUUGCGUUUUUGGCGAUUUUCGGUUAAUGUGGUUUGCAUGUGUUUUUGCGUUCAGAGAAACGUUUUCGAUUGUUGGGCAUUCCCAGUCUGAAAGACAAGAUACUCAGAAUCUCGUAAAAUGCUCUCUGCGGGUACGACAUAUAAUGUCUGCCCAUUUAACUUACUCAACCACCGUUCUUGAUAUUACUUUGGGGUACCACGUACUCAGCAAUAUGGUUUUCAUACUUAAGUGCCAAACCGGGGAGGCAUUUUCAGUCUCCUACUGAAUUUGAUUCGACCUCGAGUCAGCGCCAGUAUUUUGUAGCGGUGAUCUGGGUUUGUGAAAUCGGUUCAUUGCGUGCACCCUGCAGUUUGUAUUGGGAAUACAUAGUCUUUGCUUACAAAUAUUGUUUGAAAGUCCUUUGUAUGUGCAAAUUUGCGCAAAUCCGGAAAGUCUAUCGGGUCUUUUUUAUAUCACGAUACUCAAUUAUCCUAUUUUUAUCGUUGCCAGUUCAAUUGCGCGCAAAAGGCAUCCUUGUGUGGCUGUUCUCAUAGUAGCCCUACCGCCUCCACACACUAACACUGAGACCUUAGCCUUGUUUUCCCAUUGUUUGGUACCUACAGCUGACCCCUCAAAGCGCUGCCUGCAAUACCCUCUACCGACAAUGUCUACGACGCCACGCCCAUUGCCGCGCCUCUGUUGCCUAGCAACCUGCUCAGUUUACACUGCUGCGUCACAGCGAAGCUGAGCCGGGCCAGAUCGAACUACGGCCGAAAUGUAAAGCGACACGGGAAUGCUCGCUCCCUCGGCUGGCGAACUGAAGGGCUGUAAACAAACUGACAUGACGUUAACCACCACACUCUGUAGAGCUUAGGUAUAACACCGAACCCUGGCGCAAGUCGCGUUCUGAUCCCGUCAGCACAACUGUCUAUCGUGCAGUGGGGGACACCGAGGCGUCAAACUUGCACCUCGCCGCACGCCAGCCGACGACGACAUAACGACUCGGUGGGGGAGGGGAGGGGGAGGGUGGUGGGCCUCAGUCCUCAUUCAGUUGACGCGUAGGGAGCUCAGCGUGCGACGACCGCGGGGGCAACGGGUGUUGGUAGCUGAGGAUCAUUGCAGGUACGAGCAAGUUAAUUCAUUACCUAUAUUUCUUUUCAGUUUUAUUGAUUUAUCUGAUAUUGUACCGUCAAAUAUCCUCAGUUAUGUUCACUGCGCCAAUGUAACCCAUAUGUUGAACAGUGAACUGAAUAUAUGUAGACCGAAUCCCGUUGACCGUACGCUGCUGCCGCUCCAUACCUAUCCUCAGACGAAUCGUCGUCAGACGAAUUGUCACCAUCGCUAUGUUGCUGCUAACCGAGGAGCAGAAACGCUCCUACGACGCCGACGGCUUCGUCCUGCUGGACAACGUCUUCACAACGGAGGAGGUGGAUGAGAUUAGCGCCGCCUAUGACUCCGUGUUCGCCAGGGCGCUGGAGGCUAACAGUCAGAUGGAAGGCACGUGGUCGGGCGACUGGCAGAGAAAAGGGAUGCCCCAGGGACGCGGGUUUACGGUGCACUCGAUCCACAACCUGCAGUACCACGACGCGGUGUUCCUGCGACUGCUGACCCACCGGAAACUACUGGACGCCUGCAGUGACGUCAUGAACACGGAGAACAUCCUGCUGCACCACACCAAGGCGCACGUCAAGCCGCCCGGUCGGGGCUCACCCUAUCCCAUGCAUCAGGACUACCACUACUUCCCGUUCCGCCACGACUCGAUGGUGGCGGUGUUCAUCCACCUGGACGACUCGGACAUAUCCAAUGGCUGCCUGGCGGUGUAUCCGGGCUCCCACCGGCAGGGACCGCAGACUGACUGCAGCUCCGACCCCGGCUAUCACCACGUGGAUCAGACCAAGUUCCCCCUGGCGUCGGCCUCCCCGCUGCAGGCCCGCCGCGGUCAGGUGCUCAUCUUCUCCUACCUGUUGGUACACGGCAGCUACGCCAAUCUCUCGGAGAGAGCCCGACGCAUGCUGCUCAUACAGCUAAUGGCGGCCGAGGACGAGCCUCUGAAGGCGAUGCACGUCUCGCCCAGCCAGGGACUCUGUCUGCGCGGGGCAAACCGACGAGCGGAGACCGACAUCAGGCGCAGGCACCUGCAGAGCAGCCAGGUGCAGGAGUACGAAAAGGACGCGCAGUAGGGAGACAGGGAGCUGCAGGAGCCUGAAAAGGACGCGGAAUAACUCUACAUAGCCGGGACAAAGAUCAGCACAGCGGCGUGGAACAGGAGCCAGGGAAGGACAGGAACAGCAGUCUGAAAAUGACGCGAGACAUUUAGCCGGAACGGACAGUAGGUAGCAUCGUUCAGACAACUGCGGGAAAGAGAGGAUUGAAGAGGACACCGAACAGGGCGCAACCUGGGCAGUAAACGAGAUAUGAGCUCGAGAAGGGCUCCAAGUAGGGGUCCUAACAGCGCACAGUGUAACCAAGGGAGAUUCUGAGAGAAGCAAGAAUAAGGAUUCAUCGAAGAUCUGAAAUAUGCCUACGGCGGUUCGCAAACGGGAGCACGACGUUGGGUACCUGGCCCAGUGCUUGAAUCAGUGCCUUCUGAUCGAUCAUUUACGCUGAAUCACCAGUAUUACUCACUUUGACGAGAUAUAGGUAACCGGAGGAACACUGCUAUUAGUGAUCAGCGUCUCACCGUUUGCUUCAGUGACACUGCCUGUAAUAAGCGACGAUUACUUGGAUUACGGGGUUUUCACGGUGUUAGUGACACUGAGGUUGCUCGUGACUUACGUGGCUGUGCGUGCUCUACACAAGCACGUUUGUCGUUACUUAAUGCAAUAAAUACAAUACACUUCA